AUAGUUUUGAGUUUACUUAUGCGGUCCAUUGGAAACAAAAAUACCAUCUUCCUGGGUCUAGGAUUUCAGAUACUACAACUUGCCUGGUAUGGCUUUGGAUCAGAACCAUGGAUGAUGUGGGCAGCUGGAGCUGUUGCAGCCAUGUCCAGUAUUACUUUCCCAGCUGUAAGCGCACUGGUUUCACGAACUGCUGAUGCUGACCAGCAGGGUGUUGUUCAAGGGAUGAUAACAGGAAUUCGAGGACUGUGUAAUGGUUUGGGACCAGCACUUUAUGGUUUUAUAUUCUAUAUAUUUCAUGUUGAACUGAAUGAACUCCCCAUGCCUGAAUCACCAUCAGGAGGUGGUGUGGUCACACAGUACCAUUUACAACAGAAUUCUAUAAUUCCUGGACCCCCCUUCUUAUUUGGAGCAUGCUCUGUGCUGUUGGCACUACUUGUUGCCUUGUUCAUUCCUGAACACACAAACCUGAACGUACGAUCCAGCAACUGGAAGAAACACUGUGGCAGCCAUGGCCAUCCCCACAGUCCCCAAGCUCCUGGUGAGGCUAAAGAACCGUUAUUGCAAGAUACAAAUGUAUGACAAAAA